UGGGGAAAAUGGCGAUGACACUGUUGGAAGACUGGUGCAGGGGGAUGGAUGUGAACUCCCAGAGAGCGCUGCUGGUCUGGGGGAUCCCAGUGAACUGUGAUGAGGCUGAAAUCGAAGAGACCCUCCAGGCUGCGAUGCCCCAGGUGCCCUAUCGAGUACUUGGGAGAAUGUUUUGGAGGGAAGAGAAUGCAAAAGCAGCCUUGUUAGAGCUCACUGGCGCUGUCGAUUACGCCGCGAUCCCCAGGGAGAUGCCGGGUAAAGGAGGGGUCUGGAAAGUGGUCUUUAAACCCCCGACUUCCGAUGCUGAAUUUUUAGAAAGGCUGCACCUCUUCCUGGCGAGAGAGGGGUGGACCGUGCAAGAUGUUGCCCGCGUCCUUGGGUUUCAGAACCCUGCUCCGGCCCCAGGCCCAGAUAUGCCGGCAGAGAUGCUAAACUAUAUUUUGGAUAAUGUUAUUCAGCCUCUUGUUGAGUCCAUAUGGUACAAGAAGCUGACGCUGUUCUCUGGGAGGGACAUCCCGGGGCCGGGGGAGGAGACCUUUGAUCCCUGGCUGGAACACACUAAUGAGGUCAUAGAGGAGUGGCAGGUGUCUGAUGUAGAAAAGAGGCGGCGGUUGAUGGAGAGUCUUAGAGGCCCUGCCGCUGAUGUCAUCCGCAUCCUCAAGACUAACAACCCUGCAAUAACCACUGCUGAAUGCCUGAAGGCGCUUGAGCAGGUGUUUGGGAGCGUCGAGAGCUCUAGGGAUGCGCAGGUCAGAUUUCUGAACACCUACCAGAACCCGGGAGAAAAGUUAUCCGCCUAUGUCAUUCGACUGGAGCCUCUUCUGCAGAAGGUGGUGGAGAAGGGGGCUAUAGAUAAAGAUAACGUGAACCAGGCCCGCCUGGAGCAGGUUAUUGCCGGGGCCAACCACAGCGGGGCCAUCCGAAGGCAGCUGUGGCUGACGGGGGCUGCGGAAGGGCCUGCCCCUAACCUCUUCCAGUUGCUGGUGCAGAUCCGAGAGGAGGAGGCCAAGGAGGAGGAGGAGGAGGCUGAGGCCGCCCUCCUGCAGUUAGGCCUGGAGGGGCACUUCUGAGGCCCAGGAAACGCUGUACUGCAGAUCUAGAUCACAGCUGCUUUCCUUGUCUCCGUGCUAUCUUACAGGUGUCUCUUAGUAGUAAAGACUUAGCCAUGUGCUGGGGGGGGAGGGGGUUUGAGAGCAGGGAGGCAGCAGGCCUGGGUAUUCAUGUAACAUUAGUACAAUCGUGCAAAUGAGCACCCUGAGCUACUUACUAUGAGUCGUACCUAGCUGCAAUGCCAGGUAAAGACUUGUGCACCAGUGCUCAGUGCAAGCUGUCGUUGUGGCAAUCAUCAGUUGUAAAACAUGUGAAUUUGUGACACUUCCCAUUGAGGUAAUUAAGUGUGAAAUUGCAUGUUCUGAUGUUUAGCGCAGGACCUGGCAAACACAAAAAGCGUUCAGUAAAAAUAUGAGCCGUUAUUACUAAUAUCGUGAAUGGUUGUGUUUACAGUAAAUUGUUCCUAAUUUAUAUUAAUGGAAAGAAAUGUGACUUAAUUAGAUACUACUAGUUAUUCAACCAUACAAAGCAAAUUUCUUAUUUUUCAUCUUGAAACGUCUGGAUCAGUUUAAUUGACAAGUGUUCUGAGACUAUGGAAUGGGGUGUUAGGAAACAGUUCUAGAACUGCGUGAAUCAAUUUUUCUCUGUACAAGAUACAGAUAUAAACUGCAUGGGAAGGUUAUAAAGAACCAGUUACAGUGUCUAGUUCCCCACUUCAAGUCUGUCAUUGAAUGGUAGUUCUUGUUCAUGCUGAUUCUAAGUGUUCUAAAUUUCAAGUUAUCAAAAUACAUGUAUAUGAAUAAAAAUAUUUUAAAAAUUC